AUGACUCUCAAUACCUCAAAAAAUAUUACGUCUAUCCAAAAAUUGCAACAGCAUACAAAGCUAAACUUGGAUAUUUUCGGAAAUAUUAAUUUUCUCGCUCAGCAGAAUCUAAAUAAACGAAUACCAGUUCAACCUAAAGAACAGUAUUUAAAGAAAGCCUGGAAUACUUUUGGAGAGACGUCCUCCAAAUUUAAAGCUCCC